AUGAAGCUGGGUCCUGUAAAGAGGUUAGUGGCUACACUAGCCAGGGGUAUAACGAAAACUCAGAUGGACGAGAUGCUGGGAAAGUCAGACUUCGACCCGUGGGACAGGGGGCUCGUGUCGAGCCCUGUGGACAUGCUCGUGAAGCUCAGGAGAAGGCAUGGGAACCACUCAGAGUUCCUCGAGACAUGUCUGAAACUACUGGAGAACGUGAGCGACGCUGAGCAACUCUCCGAAACCGUACGCACCUUUAGAGAUACUCACAGGUACAUUGACAACGAGCGGUCUGCCCCGGUCCAAUGCAACGGUGCUAGACCAGUAGGCAAAGAUCAAAUGUGGGCCUUCAACAGUUCGCUCCAUGAAAUGGGUCUGAAAUUAUGCCAAUCUGAUUUCGAGAUCAUCAAAGCCAUCAGUCCAUUGAAGGAAUCCCAGAAAGAAAAGAGCGACACAGGACAGAAACUAUUCCAAUUUCUAAAAGAGUCUGGUCGUAUUUUGCCCAACGACACCGAGCUUCUCCACGCCAUUUUCAAUCUCAUGAACCUAGUGGAACCUCUGAACGUCUUGCGAGAGUACGAAGGAAAGUUUCUGACCCACGACUGCCAACCGUCAGCGCCUCCAUUCUCCAGCAUUUCCCAACAGCCACCGUACCCGACCACGUACCCUCCUCACCGUCCACCAAACACUGGCUACUCCCCUCUCCCUACU